AUGGAAAACCACAGCAAUUGGAAACGAACAAGUGAUUUUACGCUAUAUUGGUUGGAAAGGAAGCAACUUAGAGCCCGGUUAGGUACACAAGAGCCCUGCUCGAACUACGUAGAAAAUGUAUUAGGGGAACAAACAGCAACCCUGACCACAAGCUUCCAGUCAACAACUCUGCCGCAUACAAAUGAUACACGAUCUGUUACCUCUGACAAUGUAGAAUUCACGCCUUUCAAUGUUAUCUACAGACAUGAUCAUGUAGAAGUCAGUAGCUCUUCGCCUUUACUUACAACCACUCUUCGACUAUCGACCUUGGAGAGGGAAGACGAUGGUCCUGUUUCACCUUCAUCAGCAGUCUCUGCUUCCUCAUCAAGGAAUAUCAACGCUAGACCAGUCGUGCCCUGGAUGUUCAAUGGCUCAAAUAUGGCCGAAUUGUUCCAAACAUUCCAACACAAAGUAGCGGCAUUGUCAAGAGCAAACUUACUCCAAAUUGAAACAUCCAUUCACGAAAUCCUCGCUUUAUUACAUAUCUUCCUGAUAUGCCCUAGUCAGCACAGUAAACAAAUUAUCGACGUUUUCUUCAAGGAAAAAUUAUAUGAUGUUCAUCAGAGCUUUGUACAAAAAUCGAUGGACAAAAAUAUAGACAUUACGGAUGGAAUCUGCGCGAAUAUUGCCCGUAUUAUCGAUUCAGUUGAGCAGAAGGUUCGAUCUAAAGAUGAGGCAACUGCUCUAUUAUCACGACUCUGUAUCAACUUAGAUGAACACGCUUCCUCAGUGAUUCAUGGAAUCAUCAAAGCCAUGGCUGAGCUGCCUCUGCAAGCUAUCAGCAACAAAACAUCAAUUGUGUCGUGUUUACAUGGAUCAGCCAAUAGACGACGUCAGACAUUUACAGUCGUCAUCCCUCUCCUUUUACGAUGGACAAAUAUUGAAACCGAUAGUAGCGCAAAAAAAAAAAGACCAGACGCAACGAUUACAAAGCUGAAUCAGUUGGCGUUUGGGUACAGUCUGGGAUUUGAAGAAGCAAAGAUUGCUCAAAGCACGCCUGACAAGUAUAAUUUCUGCUAUGAUCUGCUUCGCUUAGCAUUGUUUUGCAAAGAAACUAUCGACAAAAAUCAGUUGAAUGCUUCGUUGGCCUUUCAAAUACACGGCUUUUCAGUGGUCUUUUUCUUAAUGCGGUUGGAUCAUGAUGGAAUAUACUAUUUGUAUGAAGUUGGCAAGUUAUCAUUCUCUCGUUCUCUGGAAGAAUUGCCUGGCUUUGUCUCUUUGAAAAACUUGAACACACUGAUGCGGAUUUCUGAAAUGUUUUGGCGCAUGUGCAAGCCUGUUUCCGCUCAGGGCGUCGAUACCCUGAGCGACAAAUAUCGGCCAAUCCAUCCCUCGCUUUAUACUCUCAUCGAUGGCACUAAGAAUCGACACCGAGUAUGUGCUAUGUAUUUUGGCGACUAG